CAGGAAGGCGGAGGAUUGCACGUACGCCCACAGUGAGGCGGAGGUUGGAGCCGUGAUGGGCCGCAACUCCAACGUGUACUUCGCAACUGCUGACGCAGCUUUGGAGGCUCGCAGGAAUUUGCCUGAAGAACUGCAGGGGGAAGCCAUGCUGGAUUUGGGAGAGAGUCAUAUCCUCAUGUGUCAUGACGUGCCAGCCACAGAAGACAACAACCAGGUCGGGAUGAAGGUGUGCGGCGCGCAUUGGCACGAGGUUGACUCUGUGCGAAGCGCAAAAGGUGACGCCGACUUCCAGAAAACAGUUAUCAUCACAUUUGAUCCUAUGUCAAGUACUGCGGCAAGGAUAGUGUUGGAAAGGCCUUUCUUAGAACUUGAGUGUCGUGAUGAUGAGUGUUUGCAGCAGUUCCUGACUGCGAUGGCGUUGCGGAGAUGGCUUGACAUUGAGGAGACCUUGGCAAAAUUGAGCGAGCUGAGGGACACUUCUGACACUGACGCUGGGGAAGAAAGGUCUGAGACCGCCAGCGUCACGGGACAAUCAACUGCCUCAACAGCAACUCCUGCUGAGGCGAGGGGCCACUUGGACGCCAUCAUUGGCAGCUUCCUUCAGAAGAAGUCGCGCAAGAAGACGCGCCUUUGCACUCACAAUGCCGCGGGCCUUUGUGUGAAAGGUGCUGACUGCGGCUUCGCACAUAGCGAGGCAGAGGUGGGCACUUUCAGCGCAACCGCCACGGUGACAGUGUUCAUGCCGCCCAGCCCGGGCGAGCUGCAGCGAAUGGGCAGGCAGUGCGCGGCGGUCAUCAAGGGGGCGUGGCCUCGAGCCAUCCCACGGGCCUAUUGCAGGCACCACAAGGCAGCAGAAGUUGGCCAGUCCUCCGUCGCGUGUUCCCGCGGGAUUCUCUGCGAUUUUAAGCACGAGCUCAAAGAAUGCCGCGAGGGCGCGGCUUGCCAAAGGAAGGCCUGCGUCUUCGUGCACCCGGUGGACAUCGACGACAUCUUGCGCUUGGAUACGCGGCUCGCGGCGCUGAAUGGUGAGGGGCGAAGCCUGGUUCAAUUGCUGGCGGCACUAAGGGACCACCGCAAGGCCAUGACCUGGACGGCUGAGGAGCUGCUCGCGAAGCGCCGGGAGCGCCUGCUUGCCCUCGAGGCAGAGGCGGAGGCGGAGGAGGAGGCGACGGAGGCGACGGACGCGGGUGGCGCGGAGCGGCGGGCCGCGGGGAGGGAGGCCAAGGCGGCGCAGUUGGCAGAGCUCCGCAAGCAGCUGGCUGAGUUUGAGGCCGCUCAGAUGGACUUUGGGCAGGCAGACCCUUCGUCCUUCCAUGCUGCACGGAUCUUUGCCCGAGAGGCCUACAAUCGCUUUGCAAAGUGCCUUCCCAUCUACGCAGAGCGAUCUCAGAUCAUGGAAGCACUACGUGAGGAUUACUCCGUAUUGGUGCUGAGUGCAGAGACGGGCAGUGGCAAGAGCACGCAGGUGGUCCAAUACAUCAGCGAAGUUGUCCCGGGCCGCGUGCUGUGCACUCAGCCGCGGCGACUGGCCGCAAACACGCUGGCAGACCGCGUCGCAGAGGAAAUGCAAACCUUAGCGCCCCGGAAGGAGAGGACCAACCUGGUAGCCAGCGACACACGGUCGAUGAACAAGAGGAAGCCCAAGAUCCAGUUCCUCACUUACCGUGGCUUGCUGAAUAUGCUUUACUACUGCCACGACUUGCCGGACGUGAGUGCCGUGAUCGUGGACGAAGUCCAUGAGCGCAGCGUCGCAGCCGACGUGCUGGUGGCCGUGUUGCGGCGCUGCCUGUCGCUGCGCGCCAAGGCUGGCAAGCGCCCGUUCAAGCUGGUGCUCACUUCGGCCACGAUGAACGAGUCCCUCUUCGCAAAGUACUUUGCGCGCAAGGCAUGGGAUGAGGAGUCCCCGCUGGACGACAGCUGGGCACCCACGCUGCAGGUGGGCGGUCGCACGUUCCCAGUAGAAGUGCACUACGAGGCGUCAGGCAGCCAGAAGGACUACGCCCGUGCGGCAGAGGCCAAAGCGAUUGCCGUUCACAAGUUGCUACCAGCGACUGACUUGGAUGCCAGAGUCAACAAGGACAUCCUGGUGUUUCUGUCCCAGGCGGACGAGGUGGAGCGCUGCGCGCGGGCGCUGCGGGAGGCACUGCCGGACUGCCUCUGCGUGCCGCUGCACGGGGGCUUGGACAAAGAGGAGCAGCAGGAGGCCUUCCGGCCAGCGGACAAGGGCCGGUUCCGGCGGAAGAUUGUGGUGGCCACCAACGUGGCGGAGACCUCUGUGACCAUCGACGGCGUGGGGGCGGUCAUCGACUCAGGCAUGGCCAAGCAGGCGCGCUACGACCCGGCGAAGGAUGCCACAGUGCUACGGGUCGGCCUCAUUGCGCAGAGCAGCGCGAAGCAGCGGGCCGGCCGGGCUGGUCGCACAGCGCCCGGGGAAUGUUUCCGACUCUACUCGGAGGAAGAGUUUGCAGACUUGGAGAAGGACCAGCCGGCAGAGCUUCUGCGAGCGGAUGCGACAGCCGCAAUCCUGAUGGUGCUCCGGCAGAUUCAGCGCCAGCCAGAGUGGAUAGACAACAUUCGGGAGUUCCCAUUCGUGGAACACCCUGGCGAUGCCCGACUUGAAAAAGCUCUGGAGAUGUUACACCACUUCGGGGCCCUGAGCAGCAUCGACAGCCCCAAGCUCACCGAGCAAGGUAUGGCCAUGGCGCAGAUGUCGGUGCAGCCAAGGGUGGCCGCCAUUUUGUUCGCGGCGCAGCGCUUGCGUGUGCUGGAUCUGGCGAGUGUGGUGCUGGGCAUGACGCAGCUCACGGGCUUUCUUUUCCGGCGAGGCCGCAGCGAUGAGCAGAAGGCCUCGGUUCUCCAGCACCGCAGCGACUUCGCGCAGCGCUUCCCAGGGUUGGGGGACGUGGGGGCGGCGGCAGCUGUGUGGCUGAGCUCCAACAAGGAAGUGCAGCUGGGGCGCUGGUGCUCGGAGCACUCAGUGGGCUUCCAUGCUUUGAAGGAGGGCAGAGGCCUUGUCAACAGCAUGCUCCAGGAGAUGCAGCGCUCAUCUCUUGAUGCCUGGCUUUGCCCGGCCUGCCAAGCGCAGAACGGCCAAUCUCUCGUACAAUGUUCCGGUUGCGGGCUGGACAAGGCUGAGGCCGAGAGCGCGGAUGCCGGGGAGACUGCCAGAGCCCUGGAGUCAUUGACAGAAGAAUCCUUUCGAGACGAAGCUCGUUUGGCCUUGUUGGUUCAAGCCUUACUUGCCGGUUUCUUUGGCAACCUGGCCUUUUACCUGCCCCCACGGCCAAGCGACGAAAAGGCAUUGCCAACCUAUUACAUUCCUCAGAACAGUCAGGUUGGCAGGACGCAGCCCGUGGCUGCUUUCCGGCUCAACACUGCCUACCCCAAAGUUAUCUUGUUCAUGGAGAUUAUGGAUUCGGGAUACAUCAGCAUCAGCAAUCUAUGCGGAGUGAACGAGGGCUUCGAGAAUCAGCUGCCUGCCACUUACCGCGAGUCUCCCCGGUUCCAGUCUUUCCUGCAGGCUGCCCGGCAUCGCCAGCAGAUGAGCUAUCCCAGCGUUGUGAAGGUAGAUUGCCCGCUGGCUUUGCGGCGCUUUGCUGGGCCGAGGGGCCAAAAGGUUGCUGCUUUGCAGGAGGAGCUGCAGGAAGAUUUCUUGGAGGAGGGUGAGGUCCUAGUCAUGGAAGUUGACCAAAGAGCACGGAUGGUGCUGGUCAUGUGCAGCAGUGACCAGAAGCGGGAGGAGAUUGCUUCUAUUGUGGAGUCCCAGGUGUCAGCCAUUGCGGUUCAGCUGAAGCAGCGGCGGAGGGAGUGGGCGAUCCCUGGCACGGGCGCGCGGGCAGUGGUUGGUACCGGCGGGGUGUGCAGCGAAAUUCUGCUGGCAGCUGGGCAGUCCAUCUCCGUGGUCUUCAACACCACUGAUGCCGCUGAUCGCCUCAGUGAGCCGAUCAAGACGCUGCGACAGAUCCCCCCGGGCUUUUUUGCCGAGUUGGCAGCCAGCAAGCUCCAAGACGUCACUGACCUGGACGCCCAGUGGGUCAUCCCCACCUGGACGACAUAUGAGCGCCAGGCAAGGCAGAAAAACAGCCGCAUUACAGACCUGAGGGAAAUGCCUUUGGCCAGCACCGUGGCAGCGAUCGAGUACACAGCAGGUGGACUUUGCUACCGCUGCAACCCGUUCCUGCGCGAGUGCAAAGAAGGCCAGUGUAGACCAUUUGCGCCGUACCUCCACGCGUUGCAGAAUUUCGUGCGGAGGCGCUCAUUGCACGCAAGCAACCUGGGUGCGCAAGUCGUCUACCGUGGUUGCAGCAUUCCUCUUGCCAGUGCUGCUGAGUAUGUCGUGGGCCAAUCAGUAAUUUGGCCGGCAUUCACCUCCACAUCGACCUCCCGUCAAGUAGCCCAGCAGUUCGCUGCUGCAACCGCGAGCUCCGGUUCUGAGACCUUUCUCUUUGAAAUCACCAUCCCGCAUGCUUGCCCUGUGAAUGACAUCUCUGUUUUUCCAGGAGAGGCCGAGAUCUUGCUACCAGCUUUUAGUGUGAUGAAGGUGGUGGGCAUGCAUGCCUUUUCAAGGGGAAUGCGAAUGCGCUUGGUGGAGCUGCGCUAUGAGCCUUUUGCUGCGCAUCGCUUGGUUGCGGAGGGGGACCAGCGUUCCGGUGAGGCCGCGCAGGCGGAAGAGGGGCCAGUCAUCAUCCAGGUGAAAUCGCGGCUGAAGGGCGAGGCGGGGAUCGCCGAAGAGCUGGGCCGUCAGCUCGCGCGCUUUGAUGCCGGAGUGGAUGCCGAUGUGCGCUGGGACAGCGAGCAGCACCGAGUGUGGGGCCGCGCGAGCUUCCGCACGACAGAGGCAGCAUCCCGGGCCUGCGGCCUACUGCAAGGCUCCAUCAUCGGCAACCGCCUCAUCACGAUGAGGCCAGCGCCAGUGCAGACCAGCGGUUUGGCUCUGCAGUGCCGUGUGCGAGUUCGACUGACUGGAGUGCCGCACCGAGGAAUGGCAAUCGUUGACUGCGGGUCCCGAGAAGCGGUCGCUGACAUUGUCGGACAGCAGGGCGAAGAUUUCCGGGUCCCUGUUGAUCUGGUACUGCCAGGCAAGGGCGUCGGCAAAGUCCAGGCCCAGCCAUUUCGAAAGGGAGGCAACGGCAAGGGUCAAGGAGCCAAAAGAGCCAAAGGCAAGGAGCCAAAGGGCGAGGUGCAGCCCACUUUGCUUCACCUCUCCGGCAUCCCCGGCCACGUGACGCAGUGGCAGCUGCAGAGCGCGCUGGCCAGCAAGACCCGGCUCUUCUCAGACGCGGUGCAGCCGCUGAAGCGCGACAACCAAGCCAUGCAGGCGGAGGCCGAGGCUCUGAAGAAGCAAGGUGUGGCCGGCACAAAGAGCCGCCAGUCUUUCGUAUUGUCUCUUCUGCCGGUGCAGCCGGACUUUGUGGAGGAGACGCAGAUCAAGUUCGGAGCGGAGUAUUUACUUUGGUUUGACUCACCAGAGACCGCAGAGCAGGCCAGUGGGCAUGUCGAGGGGCUUGGGGAGAGGCUUUGUGAUCGCGCCGAGUUCUUUCCGAAGCGCCCCCUCUGA